CGCGUGGCAGGACGUGUCAGUCGGGAAGCAAGGGAAGGACACCAACAUGGCCACCCACAUCGUGCUCCUGCUCGCCGUGGCCGCUGUCGCGGUGGAGGCCGCAGUGACCACCAGCCCGCGCACGCUGAAGCCCAAGUCGCACCCGCUGCUGGGCGCCAGCCUGGGUGCCACGGCCGACGCCACGCAGGACUGCCAGAGCCAGCUCGCCCGCUGCACCGACUGCACCACGCUGCUGACGUGCACGCGGCUCGGCGCAGUGUACCGCCCGCUCACGACCACCACUUGCUCCGGCACCACGCCGUACUGCUCCAACGGCGCGUGCGUGGCCACCUUGCCCGACGACUGCAGCGCGGAGCCCACCGCCGACACCACCUUCACGUGUAACGGCGACGGCUACUUCCCGUCGCCCUCCAGCUGCCAGAAGUACUACCUGUGCGCCAACAACCAGGCCUACGCCUUCGACUGCACGCCGUACAAGAACACGGUCUUCAGCUACGAGAAGGCGCUCUGCGUGCCCAGCACGGAGGCGACGUGCAACACGGUGGCCUGCAACAACAACAACGUGGGCACCUACCAGCAGUGGCGCAGCGAGCACAGCGUGUACUUCGUGUGCACCGACAACAACGCCGCGCACGCCUACGUGGCGGACUGCGGCGCCAACCACGCCAUCACGGCGGACGGGGACUGCGCCCUGGCGUGCCUGCGCGAGGGGCGCCUCCCCGACGAGUCCAGCCCGGACAGGUACUUCGAGUGCAUCCAGACGGCCACCAACACCUUCACCGACCCCAUCCCCGGCACCUGCCCCGCCGGCACCACCUUCGACGUCUCCACCGAGCGCUGCGUCAGCACCGGCACUCCCGACGAUGACGACGGCGACCACCCCGAGGAAGACCUGUACGAGCCGAGGAGCUCGGUGCCGGAGUCCAUGUACCAGCUUCCGGCUGACCUGAAAAUCGGCACGGCCUCCGCCGCCUACCAGAUCGAAGGGGCCUGGAACGAGGACGGCAAGUCCCCCAGCAUCUGGGACGUGUUCUUCCACAGCCGGCCGGGGAUGGACAACGGCGACGUCGCGGACGACUCGUACCACAAGUGGCAGGAGGACGUCCAACUGCUCGUGGACCUCGGCGUCAACAUGUACCGCUUCUCCAUGGCCUGGACCAGAGUGCUGCCCGGUGGCAGCCAAGCGGCUGGCUCCAGUCCCGAGGGAGUGGCCUACUACGACAACCUCAUCAACGAACUGCUGCGCCAAAACAUCGAACCUGUCAUCACGCUGCACCACUGGGACAUCCCGCAACUCUACCAAGACGACGGCGGUUGGAUGACGGAAGCCAUUCAGGACCGCUUCCUCGACUACGCCGACUUUGCGUUCAAGACUUUCGGUGACAGGGUUAAGACGUGGCUGCUCCUGAACGAGCCCCACGUGUUCUGCAACGGUGGCUACGAGGGCUCCAGUUACGCACCUGGCCUCGGCCUGGCUGGGACUGGAGGCUACACCUGCGUCCACAACAUGAUCCUGGCUCACGCCAAGGCCUACCACCUGUACAACGACACCUACAGGGCGACUCAAGGAGGCCAGGUCGGCAGCUCCUUCGACCUGCAGUUCCACGUGCCGGCCUCCGACAGCCCCGAGGACGUGGAGGCGGCCGAGAGGUCCAACGUCUUCACCUUCGCCUGGAUCGCCGACCCGGUCAUGAAGGGCGACUACCCCGCCCUCAUGCGGGAGAUCGUCGACAGGAACAGCUUCGGCAACGGCCUCACCGUGUCCAGGCUGCCCACCUUCACCGCCGCGGAGAAGGCCCUCAUCGUCAACACCAUGGACUUCAUCGGGCUCAACCACUACAGCAUCAGCCUGACGACCCCUGGCACCGCCACCGCCGCCGUCACCUCCCCCUCCAUGACGAACGACACCAACGUGAGGGGGUUCACGCGCUCCUCGUGGCUGAAGACCGCCCGGGGAAGCUUUGUGGUGGCGCCAUGGGGCUUCAGGGCCGUGCUCAACUGGAUCAAGGACCGGUACGACAACUUCCCCGUGCUGGUCACCGAGAACGGCUACGCCGGCGCUCAUGACGAGUACACCUCUGACCCUGGCCGAGAGGGCUACUACAGCACGUACAUGCGAGCUUUAGCCAGGGCCAUCAACGAAGAUGGCUGCAACGUCAUCGGCUACACUGCGUGGUGUCUGGAGGACAACCUGGAAUGGAGCGACGGAUUCAGCUUGAGGUUCGGCCUGGCCCACGUCGACUACGACGACCCCAACCGGCCCAGGGUGCUCAAGAACUCGGCACGUCUCUUCCGCGAUGUGGCGACGACCAAGUACGCCCGCUUCGUGCAGCCAGUGUGACGGACCCAUCAACAGGGCACACUAGAAUAAAUAAAUGCAUUCCUUGGAAAA